AUGAUUUUCUUCUUCAGGGCCUCGGGUGUUUUGACCUCGCUCAGCCUCUUCGUCUUCUUCUUCGCUAAUUUCAAUUUCAAACUUGAACUAAUUAACAUCUACGACACACGCAGCCAUCGCCGAGGAUCUCCAUCCGCGAGUCACCAAACACGCGAGGCCUUAGCCCAACCCAGCCCAGUCACCACCCGUGAAACACACCCCAAAGACCCAGAGAAUGAAGCUCCCGCCAAAUUAAGAAACCGGCUACAGCCAGUUUCCAAUACCGUAGCCGGUCAUCUUUAUAAAUACCUCCAAAGCGAACCUCCAACGGUGAAAGAACAUUUCCUUUUUCUCUUAAUGAGUGCGGUUAACAUCACGAACGUCACCGUGCUCGACAAUCCGGCGUCGUUUUUGUCCCCUUUUCAGUUCGAAAUCUCAUACGAAUGCGUUUCUCCCCUCAAAGAUGAUUUGGAGUGGAAGCUCAUCUACGUGGGAUCCGCAGAGGACGAGACUUACGAUCAGCUCCUAGAAAGUGUCCUUGUCGGCCCUGUCAAUGUUGGAAAUUAUCGUUUUGUUUUGCAGGCGGACCCACCAGAUCCUUCCAAGAUUCGUGAGGAAGACAUCAUAGGAGUCACAGUGCUUUUAUUAACAUGCUCUUUUUUGGGUCAAGAGUUUAUCCGUGUGGGCUAUUACGUGAAUAACGACUAUAACGAUGAGAAGCUCAGAGAAGAACCUCCCCAGAAAGUCUUGAUCGACAAAAUCCAGAGAAAUAUAUUAUCUGAUAAACCGAGAGUGACCAAGUUCCCCAUCAAUUUUCACCCUGAAAAUGAGACUGGAGAAGAAGUCCCUCAACCUGAGAAUGCUGUUGAAGCAGAUGGGUUUGAAGAACAAAAGCAGCUUUCGAAUCAUGCUUCAGAUUAGAAGAGCCUAAUAUAUGAUGAAUCAUGCUUCAGUUUGGUUUUCAUUGCAAAUUGUCCAUCUGUCAAGUGUUUCUUAUAUCAGUCGAAACCGACUUAAAAGUCUCUGUGGGUUUUUGCACCGACCAAUGUAAUGUGUCCUGUCUUGAUGUGUAGCCUUUCUAACAGUGGUGAAGGACUUGCACUGUUAGUUUUCAUACAGACUUGGGGGAAGUUUCUUAGAAUUUUCAUCAACAGCUUGGAAACCCUCGUUGCUGUUUGUCGGUGUCGAAGCAGUUCGAAAUUUGCAUUUGUAAUCUUACUUCUUUUGUAUAUGUUCCCUUCACUUCUAUUGCCAAGGAAAAUCAUGAUUAACCGGAUUUUCAUAUAUGUGCAGGGUUAAAUAUGGUGCUAAUUGGCACUAAUCUUUUGUUUUGUUUUCUUAAUGAUAGCCUGCAAAAACUUCAGCUACCUUCUUGGGCAUAUAUCCAUCUCGUCUCAGUUUGUCCAAUAUUUUU